AUGCCUAAGAUUAUGAGGUGGAAUUUGAAAGACGAAGACCAGAAAAGUGUGUUCAGGGAGGGAGUGCUGGAGCAGAUAGAGUUGAUGGAGGGAGUUGAAGAGUGGUGGAAUUGGAAUGCAUCAAAGAUCCGACAAGCUGCAGAGGAAAUAUUGGGGAUGACAUCUGCGAACAAAGCAGCAAAGAAAGCAGUGACAGUAGCUAAAGCUGAGGCAAGGGAAGAAAUGUAUCAAGAACUCGAUACAAGAGGAGGACAGAAAAAGAUCUAUAGAAUAGCAAAGGCCAGAGACAGGAAGAACCCAAGAGUGGAAAUAGGAGCGGGCUUACCAACAGAGAGGAGGACUGAUAACAUAUCACGUAGAGAAGUGGAAAAGGCGCUGAGAUUAAUGAAAUCAAACAAAGCUGUUGGACCGGAUAACAUCCCGAUAGAAGCAUGGAAAGGCCUUGGGGAGGCUGCUGACUGUACUAACUACAGGGCAAUUAAAUUGAUCUCACAUACAAUGAAGCUUUGGGAGAGGACUAUUGGAAUGAGGAUCGAGGCUGAAACGGUCAUCAGCGAGAACCAGUUUGGAUUUGUUAAGGGAAGACAGACAUCAGAUGCUAUUUUUGCCUUAAGACAGACAAUGGAAAAGUAUAGGGAGAAACAGAAGGGACUGCACAUGGCUUUCAUUGACCUCGAGAUGGCGUAUGACCGUGUACCGAGUCCGUAUAUAUUCGACCUUAUAAUGGACGUUCUAAGCGAAGGAAUUCGGGAGGACGCACCCUGGACAAUGUUAUUUGCAGAUGACAUUGUCUUGGUGUGUAAUACUAAAGAAUCAUUGAGAGACAAACUUUCGCAAUGGAAGAGGGCUUUGGAGAAUCGAGGCUUGAAGAUAAGCAGAACAAAGUCUGAGUACCUCUCAUUUAAUUAUUUUGAGGAGGAAAAUGGGGUGGAUAUGGAUGACGAGAUCAUUAAGAGGGUACCAGCUUUUAAAUAUCUAGGCUCACAUGUGACAGAGGACGGUGAACUGGAUGUAGAAGUAAAGCAACGCAUUCAGUCAGGAUGGCAGGCAUGGAGAAGGUUUUCAGGAGUACUCUGCGACAAGAAGAUCAGCGCAAGACUCAAAGAGAAGGUUUAUAAAACAGCUGUGAGAUCUGCUAUCCUUUAUGGAAGCGAGACAUGGCCAAUUAAGAGGGUGCAUGAAAAGAAGUCGAGAAUCCAUGAUGGCUUCUCUGCUGAAUCCAUCAUGGGGCUCUGCAACAGCACAGAAAUGAUAAAAAGAGGAAUGAGCAGGACUGCCUGUUUGCACUUGGAAGCAAGACCCAACAGCUGA